UUCUUUCCAUUGCACAGAUAGUGAGGGGGAUGCAAGUUUCUAUUUGUGUUAUUCAAAAGUGUGUGUGCCAUUGCAAAGAGUAUUGCCUCAUGUGCACAGAUCGAUUACAGGGAUCUGGAGACAGUUAUUUGAACCAGUAUCUAAAAAGUGAUGGACUCAAGUAAUAGUGAAAGAGGUGGACGUGGAAUGCCCAAGGCCACUACAUCAUCUGGUGAUCAAAAAAGGUCAAAAAAGUCACUCCAAACCCAGGAACAGACAGUACCCGAACCUGGUCCAAGCCGAUCAAUUGAAGAGAAGUCGAAAAGUAAAUCAGAAGAAUCAACAAAGCCGCCUCGGUCCAACAGUUAUAUACCUUCUUCUUUGAGCCUUGCCCAGCUGCAGCCUUCAAAGAGACGACGGGAGACUGUUUCAGGUUCUGAAAUUUCCCCUGGUACUGCUGGUGGAGCAAUUAGCAUAGAGCACUUGGGCCUGCGCUACCCCCUUCGGAACCGCCUAAAGCUGCUAAAGAAACAAUCCAGUGUCUCCCCGCAUUCGGCGGGCAAGGAGGGGAGUAAGAUCCCGGUGCCAAUCAAAAAGCGCCGUGUGGACACAGGUGAAGAGUGUUCAAACCCUGAGGAGCCUCAGACUACUGCAUCGUCAUCCUCAGACAGUGCCCUUGAGCAACUUCCACCCCUUAUUCGCAAGAAACCCAUUGCUGUUCCCAUCAAAAAGCGACAGGAAUUGAGACAGUCCUCAGCUCCUGAUUUAGGGACUGGAAUAGCUGCUAGACGUACUCUUGAAACACCUUCCAGGCGUCCCUCAGAAACCUCAGCCAGGAAUACAGGAGUGGAGACGCGUGGGAGUUUGCGGAGAAGUGGAGUCGGGACUUCACAUUCCUCCACCACGGGGUCCUGUGCCAGCUCCAGCAGAGGGAGAGUCUCACGAGGAGGUGGAGGUGGGGGGGCAUCUUCAUCCUCAGCAGUCACCACUGCAGGUGCAGUUGGAGGCAGUGCUGCCACCACCGGGAACAGCAGCAAGCUGCCAGUCAGUGGAACGUCCUCUGCUGCCACAGCAACCACUGCUGCAGCUAUGGCUGAUCAUGGCCUCCCUUCCUCGUCCUCCAACAACUCUCCUCCUCAGAAUGGUGCCACUGCUGGUGGCGGUUUGAGUUCAUUUGGCUUUGGAGCAGAUGAUGCUGGGACUGGAUCAGGAGCAGGCUCAUCAGGUUCCUCAACAAGUGAGGUGGGACGUCUGCAGGCUUUACUGGAAGCAAGAGGUCUUCCCCCACACCUGUUUGGGGCACUUGGUCCCCGCAUGCAGCACCUGAUCCAGCGGAGCAUUGGGGUGUCUGCUGGAGGAGGGGGGACUGGGAGUCGUGUCCAGAGCCUCCUCUCCAGCCUCACAGCUACUGGAGAGGAGGGUCGGCAACUCACAGCCCUUGGCGAGUUGACGCAGAUGCUGGUGAUGGGGAAUGAGGACUCCUUGGCUGGAUUUCCUGUCAAGCAGACUGUUCCUGCCCUCAUUAAUUUGAUUCGCGUGGAGCACAACUUUGAAAUUAUGCAUCAGGCAUGUAGGGCAUUGACAUACUUGCUGGAGGCACUUCCCCGCUCCUCCCCAAUUGUGGUUGAGGCUGUCCCAGAUCUCAUUGCCAGAGUCCAGGUCAUCCCUUGUAUGGAUGUUGCUGAGCAGUCCCUCUCUGCACUUCAAAUGCUCUCUCGGAGGCAUCCAAAGCCCAUUCUUCAAGCUUGUGGAGUCUCCUCUUGUCUCCUAUAUUUGGAUUUCUUUUCACUAUCGGCCCAGCGGUCAGCCCUGGCAGUUGCAGCAAACUGCUGCCAGGGUCUUCAACCUGAGGAGUUCACCUAUGUUGUUGAUGCCCUCCCCAUCUUGACCCAACGUCUCUCUCAUCAGGAUCGAAAGAGUGUGGAGAGUGUUUGUGUGGCAUUCAGUCGGCUGGUGGAAGCAUUUGCCACAGACCCAGACAAACUCCAGGCAAUUGCCUCUCAUGGCCUUCUCCUCAAUCUCCAGCAGCUGUUGAUGGUGAGCCCUCCGAUGAUCAGCACGGGGACAUUCAUCAUGGUCCUACGUCUCCUUGCCAACAUGUGUACUGGGUGUCCAGCCCUUGCUGCAGCACUACUUCAGCAGAACAUUGCUGACACCCUUCGCUUUUUGCUUGUUGGACCACCCAACGAGAAUGUGACUUCCAUUGCCUCUCCUGAGUGGGCUCUUGGUGAGGGAAGUAUAUUGAAAUGCAUUGAGAAAAUUGGUGUGGGUGUUCAGGUGGAGCUGGUGAGCCGGAGUCCACAGGAGCUGUAUGAGAUAGUGUGCUUGAUAGGAGAGCUGAUGCCUCCUCUCCCAACAACAGGGAUCUUCUCCGUGGAUUCUCUCCUCUCACGUAGCUCAGGGAUCCAGCAGGAGACCAUUGCAUGGCAGUGGCGUGAUGACCGCAGCACCUGGCACAACUACUCGCCCCUUGACUCUCGCAUCAUCGAGGUAUCCAUGGCUGCUCACCAGUCUGGGGAAGAGGAGGUGAGCCUGUCUGCACAAGGACAUGCUUACACUGUGGACUUCUCCACAAUGCAGCAGAUCAAUGAGGAUACUGGCACUGCUCGUCCUGUCCAGCGUAAGAAAUCACCUCUCCAGCCUAAUGGUGAGACACGGGGUGAGGAGGAGGAGGGAGAGGUGAAAGCAACUGAUGAUGCCCGCCGCAUGGCACUCGAGGGUGACCCUCAACUAUCCUCCAAUGUCAUCCGCUCCCUAUUUGGUGUACUCUAUGAAGUCUAUAGUUCUUCAGCGGGCCCAGCUGUCCGUUACAAGUGCCUCCGUGCCCUCCUUCGCAUGGUUCACUUUGCAUCACCCCAUCUCCUUGAGGGUGUGCUGCGCUUGCAGCAAGUGUCCAGUCAACUGUCCAGCAUGCUGUCUUCUCAGGAUGUGCGUGUAGUGGUAGGAGCCCUUCAGAUGGCUCAGAUUCUCCUUCAGAAGCUUCCUGCUGUUUUCUGCAUCUACUUUCAGCGUGAAGGUUGGUUUAGAACAGUGAUGAGCAACCUGCAGGCCGCAUGUGGCCAGCGAGGUGUGAUCCAUCAAGUGCAACACCUGGCAGUUCAGGAAAUCCCUAAUGAGUCCAGUGUGAGCAAUGGAUGCGUGGGAGCAACUCACUGUGUACCCUCAUCUUCAGGCCUUCCCCCAACACCUCCACUCUCUACAAACCAUAUGGAGGCGAAGGUGACCAGUUCACGGAUGGGUCCCUCCUCUGCCGAUGACCGUUCAAACAGCCCUUCACAGCUACGCCUAAGUGAUGUGUUGAAGCGGAAGCGCAACACUACAUCCCGUCGCACUCCAACAGCUGCUCGCAAGGCUCGUGCUGAAGACAACCACAGUUUUUCUCCACCAACUGCUGAUGGGAAAGAGGGAACGAGCCGUGGAGCAGGACCUGGUCGCAACUUCCUCUCCAGUCUGAAUCCUGCCCGCUGGGGCUCUAGCAACAGCUCUCGGCAUCAACAUCCCUCUGAAUCCUCACCCAAGGCAAGUCUUAAGGCUCUGACAUCCUUUAUAUAUGAGCCAGGACCGUCAUCCUCCUCCCCAGUGAUGGUCCUCCAGUCACAUGUCAACCAUCACCAUCACCAGCACCAGCACCAGCAGCAGCAACGCUCUCAGGUCUGGACGUGGGUGGUGAAGCAGUCACAGGAGUUCCUGGGGUUGCAGGAAGAGGCUGCUACUAUGCACCAAGGCACUGAGAUGGGCCUUAAUCAUGUGGCUGGGUUCUCAAUCCUCAAGGCCCUUACCCAAGCAGUUCAGGCUUUGCAGAACAGCAAGACGACUUUGCUUAUUGUUGUAUGUACACUGUUGACACAGAAGGAGGGAUGCGUGGAUGCACUGCAGGGGAUGAGUGUGAUCAUCCAAGAGUCAGAUGUAUCCCCAUUUGAGGUGCUUCACAGUGGGCUGGUGACAGUUCUUCUUGAGUUUCUUACUUCCCGUGGGAGCCCCACCCCACUUGACCGGGACUCCCGACUCAGGGCUUUCUCCCAUGUCUUUCUCUCCUCUCCUUUGGAGCGUCUUUCAAAAGAGGGACCAUGGAAGGCAGCAGGGAGUCCGGGCUUGGGUCCCUUGAUCUCUAAGCUCCUUGGGUGCCUGCACCAACAAGAGCAGUUUCCUGUUAGAGUCCAUGACUGGGCGCUGGGUCUCCCUGGACCAGGCGCCUCUGGAGCUGGCAGCAGUGGGAGCAGUGGCAUGGGCUCCUCUGCCUCCCCCCGCAAUGGCACCUCAUCUGCCCUCCGCUUCCUCAACACACAUCAACUCAAGUGCCUGCUCCAACGUCAUCCUUCGUGCUCGACCCUGCGCAAUUGGAAAGGGGGACCUGUGAAGGUGGAUCCGUUGGCAUUGGUCCAAGCUGUAGAGCGCUACCUACUCCUUCGUGGGUAUGGCCGUCCCAGAGAGAGCUCACCACGUGACCGGGACUAUGCAAGUGACCGGGACGACGAUGACACCUCUGAGGACGAUCCCUCUGAUGACGACAUGGAGGACUCCCUGGUUGCGGUGCUACAGAACCAGACUGGAAGCCGACACCGACUGGAGUUCCUUAUUGGGGAUCAAGUCAUCCCCUACAACAUGACUGUUUACCAGGCGGUACGACAGUAUUCCCCUGCAGCCAACAAUGGGUGCUAUGAUGGAGUUGGAGAGUGCCACGACCAUGAGGGGUCAUCUCCACUGGGUGGACCCAACAUCUGGGCCCAGACUCACACUAUAUAUUACCGGCCAUUGUCAGAAGAUGACGCAUCUACAUCCAGGGGUGAGAAAAAUGUGAGCACCGGCAGUAGUGGUGGGAGUGGGUCAACCAGUGGGAAUGGGAGCAGCUGGGCUUCAGCCAUUCGUGCCGGGAAAGGUGGGCGUGGAAAGGGGAAGAAGGCAGGAGAUCGCUUGUGGAAUGAAGGGGAGGUGCCUCUGCAAGUCUCACCUUUAGACCAAUUUCUGACAUCGAGUCUGCCACCAUGUGUGACUGUAGAAGACCCUAGCCUAGAGACUCUUGCCCUCCUCCGUGCUCUGAAUGCUCUCAAUCGCUACUGGGGAUCUCUCUUUACCUUGCCCUCAUAUCAGCCCAUCCUCUCUCAACAGGAUUUUUUGAGUAGCAAGCUGACAGCCAAGGCAAACCGCCAGCUUCAGGACCCUCUAGUCAUCAUGACGGGGAAUCUUCCCCCAUGGCUCCACCAGAUUGCUCAAGCUUGGGAUAUUCUGUUCCUCAACACCAUCAUCAUGAUAUUCGAGCUCAUUGCCACAAUCGCCAUUGUGAACGCCUCGGUU